ACGGUCUCGGGUUUGAAGGAAUCUGGAGAGCUCGCGGGUGGCCUCAGGCAUCGGACGGUGGGAGCGCGUGGGGUGCGGUGGCCCCGCCCCCGAGCGGCCGUGCGUCUCGUCUUCCCCCCCACCGCCUCUCCAUCGACCACUAAUACUCGGGCUAACAGAGUGGUUGGGGCUAUGCGAUUCGCUCCUCCUCCAUUUCAGGCCUCCAACUCUUGCACCGCCAUGUCUUCGCCCUCCCGCUUCAAGGUUCCGUCGCGUAACCACUGCCACCGUGGGUUCCGCGACCCGCCGCCUCCGCCUGCAGACGCCACCGGCGCUGCCAUGGAAGGUGGUGCUGCCCCCUCGUCCGUUAGCGGCGGUUCGCACUUCAGGGCUGUUAGAGACGCCAACUACGAUUGGACGCGGUCGCAGAAGGGCGGCGCCGCUUGGUACCCUCGUGGUGCUCCGCACCAAUCGUUCGGUCGGUGGCGGCCGCCGUCUUUUGGCCCACUUCCGCCUCCUCGGCCUUCUUACGGCCUUCCUCCGCCUUACUAUGGCCCUCCCCCUCCCCCGGCUUACGCCCCUGCUCUUCCACCUUAUGGCCAUCCUCCGCCUUCUCACGACUCUCCUCCGUCGCCGUUUCUGCCUCCUCGAUCUUCCUACUCUCCUUCCACCUUUCGCCCACAGGCAUUCCGCCCAUCUCCGCCGCCUAGGCCAGCAGAUUACCGGACUUGGAGCUUCUGUCUCUCACAACCACCUCCUCAAUGUGAGCGGUUUGUAAUGCUCUCUUAUAAUAUCCUUGCGGACUACCUUGCUAGAGAUCAUAGAUCCAAGCUUUAUUUUCACAUACCACAAUACAUCUUGGAUUGGGAAUGGCGAAAGAGAAAGUUACUUCUAGAGUUUCGACUUUGGGCUCCUGAUAUAAUGUGCCUUCAGGAAGUUGACAGAUUUUAUGAUCUGGAAAAAGAAUUGGCAACUCAAGGAUAUGCUGGUAUUUGGAAGAUGCGUACUGGAGAUGCAGUUGAUGGUUGUGCAAUAUUUUGGAGAACAAACAGAUUUCAGUUGAAAUAUGUUGAGACCAUUGAGUUCAAAAAACUUGGUCUUCGGGAUAAUGUUGCUCAGAUUUGUGUACUGGAAUCAACGAUCCAAAGCUCUGUAAAAAACGAGUCUGCAUCUUUACUGAAAAGCUCUGAUCAGUUGAGACAAGCUAACCAAGUGGUUGUAUGUAACAUCCAUGUCCUUUACAACCCUAAGAGAGGAGAGAUUAAGCUUGGUCAGGUAAGGACGCUUCUUCAUCGAGCUUAUGCUGUUUCUAAAAUCUGGAAUGAUGCCCCAGUUAUAGUUUGUGGAGAUUUUAAUUCUACACCUAAGAGUCCACUUUACAAUUUUAUAGCUGAGCAGAAGUUGACCCUUUCUGGACUUGCUCGGGAUCAGAUAUCAGGACAAUAUUCUGCAUGCAUUUCUUCUUCAAGGCCAUAUUACGGCCCUGGUACAUCUAGGACUCAGCCCCACAUGAGUGGAGGUACUGAGGUUAAUUGCAAACCUCAAAAUAAGGAAGAAAAUCAAUAUGUAACAAAAGAAGCUCCUGUCCGUGAAGCAACAAGCAAUGGUCUGCUAGAUAUACCUCAAAUUUUCUCUGAGAGUCGGUUGCUGGAUAAGACAUGCACAGUACCUGAUGUGGCCACAAAUAAAAUAGGUGGUGAGAGUUUCUGCAGCGAGUCCUGUUCUGCUGAUGAUAGUAAUUUACAGGUAUCUAACAAUACUUGUAGAAGUUGUAUCCAGCCAAUCACGGACCAGGGAACUGCCUUAGAAAUUUCUAGCAUUGAUCAGUGCUCUGCUGGGGUUCACUCUGAUAUGAGUAGGUCAACGAUAGAAUUUUCAGGGUCAAAGCAAAAUAUGUUUGAUGAGUCCAAUGAUGAUUAUGAGUCUCCAUCAUUUCAAACUAUAAAAGCAUCUGACAUUGUUGCUGAUUCAGCAGCUCAAGCAUCUGAAACUUCGGCUGGUACGGCCUGUCAAGAUGUUUUAGUUGAUAAUGUAGUACAAAAGGAGAACUGCAGCUAUAUUGGGGCUCCAUCAUCUAAGGAGUACUCAGGUUCCAGUUCCACUACAUGUUUAGACAUUUCCUAUUAUCACAAUGAAUCUAAACAGUCGGUUAAUGAUGUGGCCAGCCUGUCAGCAGAGUUUGAUUCUACAGUGAAUCUGUUUAAUAAUUGUUUGGAAAAUCACAAUUCUGUAGGUGAAGUUGAAAAUAUAUGCAAAGAUAUCUCCUGUUCAGAAGAGAAUUCUGACCCAGAUUUCUUUAGAGAACUUUUAGGAACUGAUGAUGUACGUCAUUUUGGUGAUGAUCCUGUAACUUCAGGCCAAAAUCAUUCAUUCGAUUCAAGCCAUAGUUCAGAGUUGGAUCCUCUAAGUGUGGGGGUUCGGGAAGAAUCUCUCCGUGGUGCAUUUUCAUUAGAUGAUGGUUUUGAAAGGCGUUCAUAUGAUCCAUAUUUGUGGACUCCAAUGGAAAUUGAGGUUGCAUCAGGAAGUGCAGAGUGUAAUUUUCUUGAACAUAGUUUGAAACUAAGGAGCGUAUACACAGAUGUGGAGGAUUAUGUGGGGACAAAGGACUCUAGCAGAGAACCCCUAGUUACCAGUUACAACCGGCGAUUUAUGGGCACUGUUGACUAUAUAUGGUCUUCUGAAGGUCUUCAGACCGCCAGAGUGCUGGAAACAUUCCCUAAACAUGUUCUGCAGCAGACUUCCGGUUUUCCAACCAGGAGAUGGGGAAGCGAUCAUGUUGCCUUGGCCUGUGAACUGGCAUUUACAAAUGGCUCCUCGACUAAAUAGAGCUCCAGCAUCACAUUUCCUGAGAACAGCAAAUCUUUUAUCAAAAGUGUUCAUUUUGGGCAGUGUUCUGACAAGUGCUGCUGAGCGUAGGGCAAUCAUACGCUGCUUGCUCUCCAGCAGAUUGCUCCAUGGCGAUUCCUGAGUUGACCCAGUAUGGUCAAAUGCCAAAUCUUCUGGUGACGCGGCCUCCAGCAUUAAAGCCCUACCCUCCCAUCUUUGCUUCAAUGAAAUUUAUUGAUCCAGACAACUCUGCUGCUAAAAAGAGCUUGUGCAUGUUUCAGGUGAUUAUAAGAAUGGUCUGGCGUUCCAGGAAAAUGUUGGUAACAACUCCUGCUUGUUCUUCGGAAACACAUAAUUAUUUAUUACCAAUGUCAUCCAAUCUUCUUCUCCUCUCUUCAUUCUGUAGAUUUAUGUUAAUUUUGCGAAAUUAUUUUUCACU